AUGUUUAGUUCCUCUCUCGUUCCACACGACGAGCAAGUCAGCGGAGAUGUCUAUGACAAGGGAAAGAAGGUGAAUGAAACUUCUUCUUCAACUUCAGCCUCUCAAAAAGAUCGAGAACAGCAAUUUCUCAAGAAUAAUCCCACCGUGCAAUCGGUUUCAACAUCUGAUAAAUCUCCAAGUGGUAUUCGAAAAGAAAAGGAACAAGAAAGUUCCUUCUUUGACAAUCCCAAUCCAAUUCCUAAUUUGAACACGACUGAAAAGAUGGCAAACAAAACUCCAAUUGGAUCCUAUGUUCCUGGUUCGUAUGUGGCUGGCUCUACAGAGGAUUCAGACAUGUCAGACAUUCCAAGUCCUCAUAUGGGAAAACCCAUUGAUCGAGAUCCCACUCAAUUUUUCGGAUUUGACAAUAAUAUUUAUGGAGAUGAUUUGUAUACAGCCAAAGAUGCUACUGCCAAAGCUCUUGGAACUGACAAGAGUUUCGACACUGGAUCGAGUGAGGAAUGGAAAGGAUCUCCAAUCAAUAAGGAUCAAUGGAGUGACACCAAAGAAAAGGUCAAAGAUCAAUUCAGUGAUACUAAGGAACAAUUGAAGAGUCAAUGGAGUGAUACCAAAGAAAAGGUAAAAGAUCAAUUCAGUGACGCCAAGGAACAGGUCAAGAAGAAUGUUUCUUCGUCUGAAAAUUGGACUUCUGGUUAUGACGAUGUAGCUGGCUCCUCUUCGACCGCUGACACUCUCUAUAACACAGCCAAAAAUGUCAAGGAUCAAGUGAAAGAUGUGGCCAGUGAUGUGAAGGAAACGAUCAAAGAUAAGGCAAGUAAUCUCUUUUCACAAGAUACCAAGGACGCUGCGUAUGAAGCCAAAGAAAAUCUCAAAGAUACGGCUAGCAAUUUGUUUGAAUCUGGAAAGGACAAGUUCUAUGAGACGAAGGGUUAUACUGAGGCCUAUUUGGAAGAAGGUGAGGAGAAGGCCAAGGACACUGCUGAAUCUGUGAAAGAUACUGUGAAGCAUAUCAAAGAUAAGGUGGUCAAUAAGGUCUCUGAAUGGAAGGAAAAUAUUGUUGGUGGUAAUCAACCUUCUAAACAAUAA